GUUCGCUCCGUUCUGGGUGAGUAACAAGAACGUUUUCCUCUUUACAGAUGUGAAUAACACAAGCAGCAUAUGGUUCCCAUCAGAUCACCGCUGCUGUAGAAUGUGUGCAUUGAGUGAAGGGGGCAACGGCUCAGCGAUAGAGCAACAGAGAACACGUCACAUAAUCUGUAUCGACGGAGCGAUUUCACAUUUUAAUUUUUACUAAAGCGUUUUUUUGAAUUCAUAUCAGCGAGGCUUUGUAAGAAAUUCAAUGUUAUCAGAGCUUAAUCUCCCCGCUGUCCUGGAGCGUUGACUCUGGAGGUCAAAGUGCGCUUCUUUAUCUUAUUUUGACAUCAUAAUCUUGCAUUGCAUUCAUGCACACAAGUUCCAUGUACACAUCUGACUCCCCUCUUAGGGAUUUGUGGUCUAUCUCAUCAUGUUUUCAUCACACACCAACUACAGUAUAAAGGUGAAGGUGGGUAGAGGGAGAAAGGAGAGAGAGGGACGGGAAGGCGAGUGGAGCAGAGAGCGAGUGCUGAGGCUCCUCCUCGUUCGCUGCUCGCCUUUUUUCAGCCCGCGCUCCACUCACACUCUCGCUCAGCAGAGAGUCAGUGGAAGAGAGCAACGGGAGGCAGCGGAGCAGCUCGACUCGCUUUCCCCCAUUCACCAAGUGACACAAGGAAUAGCUGUGUUUUCAGAUGGAGAGCGUGCAGGGAAACAGGGACGUGGACCACGUGGAGCGGCCGAGCCCGCUCACUGACGAGGAGAGGAUGAUGAUCCAGGAGUCCUGGAGCUCAGUGUACGAGAGCUGCGACGACGUCGGGGUGGCCAUCCUCAUCAGGCUCUUCGUCAACUUCCCCUCGGCCAAGCAGUACUUCAGCCAGUUCCGGCACAUGGAGGAGCCGGAGGAGCUGGAGCGCAGCGCCCAGCUCAGGAAGCACGCCCACAGGGUCAUGAGCGCCCUCAACACGCUGGUGGAGAGCCUGGAGGACGCGGACAAGGUGGCGUCGGUGCUGCAGGUGGUGGGAAAGGCCCACGCGCUGCGGCACAAGGUGGAGCCCGUCUACUUCAAGAUCCUGAGCGGCGUGAUCCUGGAGGUGCUGGCGGAGGUGUUCCCUCAGGUGGUGACAGCGGACGUGGGCGCAGCGUGGACCAAGCUCCUGGCCACCGUCUACUUCUACAUCACCGCCGUGUACGAGGAGGUGGGCUGGACCGAGCUCCCGGCCUCCACCGGGUGAGGAGCCCGGCCCGCGCCGGCCCGGAGAGCCGGGGUCUCAGCCGUCGCCUCGCAGAGAAAACGGAUCAGUGUAAUCUGGAAAUGUAAUCUACUGUAAACUAAGAUUAUUGCGGGCUAUGGAACAUACACACUUAAUGUAGUCAACAAGAACAGGCGUCAACAAGUGUGUGUGUGUGUGUGUGUGUGUGAGAGAGAGGUUAAAACAUUAAAAGCUCUACACUUUGUUUUUCUAUCUCAUAAAGGACCAAACCAUUUAUGUAAAUGAGAGAGUAAAUAGGAAGAGAACGCUAUAAUAAAGUUACAGUGGACAAGAGGUCACAUUUGACUUGGAUGUGCCUUCUAGGAAAUAUCUGUGUGUAGGAACUGCCAUUUAAAUACCAUUCUUUCUAAAUAUCAAGUGAUGUUCUCCCUGAUAUUUUUCCUGUAAUCCGUUUGUGUCAGUCAUUCUGAGCAUACAGGUCAUUUUUACAUUUCCAACAGUUACUUGUAAUUAUUGUGUGAACCAUUUCUUGUCCCUUUGUAUCUGUAUUUACCCUGAAUUUGAAUAAAAAAACGCAUAAACCCCUGUGA